GGGAUUAACACUGAAGAGCAUUAGCACAAACAAACAAGCUAGCAUACCUUCAAACGAGCCUUCGAUGACGUCAUGUGCAUCGGCCAAUAGCAGGCGGUUAUCUUGUGACAGGUGGCGACGGUUGGCGCUUGACGGUCCGCAACAACGACUGUAAUCAAAACAGAGGAUUUCAUAACAUUUACUUGAAUUCAAAGGGAAGAAAUGAGGAUAAUGACGCGUUUUAAGUCAGAGUACUUCUGAAGGACUUUUAUUUUGGUUCAUUUCCCCGACAACUGUUUAGGGAUAUUUUUUUUCAAUGAUGGACACCCUGUGCGACCUGUGCUUGGCUCAGGUAUGCUGCAGCCUGGACGCUCUGUGCAGCAGGCGAGCAGAUGGCUCCAUGUGCCUCAGCUGGGCCCCAAUUCUCCCACAGGAGGUGGCGGACCAGUUACUGCUUGAGAUGGUGAAAAAAAAGAUACUGAGUGACACAACCGUUAGGAUUUUCCAAAACUGCAAAGAGCUCCGCCUCCGACGAGCCUCCAUCCGAUGCUGCCAAGUAUCUGCAGAAGCUUUCCGCCUGGCACUCUGCCCUCACCGGCUCCAGGAACUAGACGCCUCCGGGGUUCUUGGCGGCAUCACUGUGGCAAACAUCGUCUCGGGCCUGGCCUCCAACCCCGCGUGCAGAUCCAGCCUACGCAGGUUGUCCCUCGCUGGGCUCCGUGUGGGCUGGGAGUCUUUGGAGGAGGAUGGAGGGCCCUGUGUUGGAUUUAGCUCCUUGCGGGGCUUGCGAACGCUUAACCUCGCCAACACAGACCUGACUGAUGCUGUUCUCGAGGAUAUCUGCACUCUCCCUCAGCUGGAGAGCCUGGACAUCUCCGGCAGUGCGGUGUCAAAGCUUACCGCACUCCUAAAUUGCAAAAACACGUUGAGAUCUUUGACCGCCCACCGGCUGCAGCAGCUGGAUGUGUCGCCUGGUAGAAUGCUGUCUGUCCUCAGUCAACUUCACGCUGUCAGGCAUUUCGACUUUUCAGAGGACCAUUUGGCUGUGGGCGAUGGUGACGGGAGAGACAGGGAUGAGACAGUACGUCAGCUUUUGGAUGGGAGUCCACAGGUCCUCCCUUCUCUUGUUUCUCUGGAUAUAUCUGGGCGCAGGAGAACCACUGAAGCAGCAGUCAGAGCGUUUGUGGAAGCCAGAGGUGCACUGGUCUUCUUGGGCCUGCUAGCCACCGGCGCUAGCUCCUGCGACAUCUUGUCCUCAAAGAAAAACCUAAAAGUAACCGGAGAAGCUAAUGAGUACCAGGUGUGUGAGGCCCUGAGAAGGUACCUCGACCGAGAGUGUUUCAUACGAGAGGCCCUCGUCCAUCUCUACAAUCUAACCGCUGACAUUGACAAACCACGGCCAGAUAUGCUAAAGCUGGUGCUCAACGGGAUGCAAAGCCACCCCACCUCCCUGCAUGUCCACCUGGUGGCCACAGCGUGUGUGUUCAACCUGACCACUCAGGACCUGGCGGUGACCAUGCCCGUCGGCCUGAUCAGCGCCACUGUCACCCAGCUGCUGUACGCCAUGAAGACCUACCCCAACCACCAGCAGGUGCAAAAGAACUGUCUGAUGGCGCUUUGCAGUGACUAUAUUCUUCAGGAUGUCCCCUUUGACAAGUAUUUGGCAGCCACGCUGGUGAUCAACUGGCUCCGGGGCCACGAGGAGGCUCCCCUUCAGAGGAUGGCUGUGGCUGUCGUCUCCAUCUUGGUGGCCAAGUUGUCCACAGAGGAGACCGCUCAGCUCGGCAAGGACUUCUUCAUCAUGAAGCAGAUGCUGGCUAUCGUCCAGCAGAAAGCCAUGACGGGAGUGGUCGACUCCACUCUUAAAUUUGCCCUGAGUGCUCUGUGGAACCUGACGGAUGAGAUGCCCACUGCUGCCCGCAAUUUUAUCGAGUGCAAGGGCGUAGAGCUGUACGAGGAGGUUCUGGAGUCCUACUCCACUGAACCUUCCGUUCAGCAGAAAGUUCUUGGCCUUCUGAACAACAUAGCAGAGGUGGAGGUGUUACAGGCGUCCCUGAUGGAGGAGGACCUGCUGCGGAACGUCCUCAGCCUGCUGCAGGACUCCCGGGUGGAGCAGGGGGUUCGUUACUUUGCAGGGGGGACUCUGGCACAGCUCGUCUCCAGACCAGAGGCCUGGACCCUGGACAGCGAGCUGCGCAGCACCAUAGUGAAGCAGCUGCAUGCAUCCAUAGCGACAUGGACCCAACUCGAGAGAGAAAUGGUGUCCUAUAGAUCGUUCCGUCCAUUUUGCCCUCUGCUUCAGACUCGGCAGCCCUCGGGAGUGCAGCUGUGGGCAGCGUGGGCCGUACAUCUGGUCUGCAUUCAAAACGCUCCGCAUUACAGCAACAUGAUGGAGAAGGACGGCGUGACUGAACUUCUGAGGGCUCUGGCUGCACAUCCUGACACACACAGCGACGUUAAAGGGCUGUCGGACAGUAUCUUGCGCGUCGUACAGCAGCACCGGAGUUUCUAAUCCUUCGACCAACAGAUGGAGCCCCUGAAACUCAGGUUUUGUGAAUGAAAUCUUAAAAGCCUGAGGGAGCAGAUGAAUUAUUAAAAGGUACAGACAGCUCAUGUCAAUCAGUUUGAAUUUAAAUUUUAAUGGAUACAUUUUAAUGAAUAAAUUAAUUUCUGUCCAUUUAAUGUAGUGAGUAUAAUCUCAUAUAAAUUAUUUCAAGAAGUUGGGAAAAAUAUAUACAGACAGGUUGUAAAAUCCUAAUAGUCUAAUAUGUGUGAAUUACUGUUCAGUAUGACAGUAAUAGAAUUCUAAAUAAACAGAAUUAAAAAACUA